AGUUGCCAACACCGUCUUUGUUUUCUUCGAAAUAAACGUAAUACAGCACAGCCUGUUUUAAUUGAGAGUGAAAUCCAGGGAUCCCCUGGCAUAUUUGGGUUCUUCGUCAAUGACCUGCUCCCAAGGUGACGUUCUUGGGCUCUUCCUUCACCAGCACAGGGACCUGUCCGACAGGAAGUGGCGAUGACGCCGCCGCCCGCUGUCAACACCCAGCCUCUCUGAUUCUGUUUCGGAAAGUCACUAUCUUCCUUCUGCGUUUCUCCAGGUUGGCCAUAUUCCCCCCUGGCCCGUUUCCUCAGGCCGCACGUCUGGAUGAGCGACCCUCGCCAUAAAAGCAACAGGGGCGGGCUGGGCUGAAGCUCGCGACCAAAGGAUGGGGAACAGAACAUCUUCAACUUUGGAGAUGUCAGCAACUGCUCCUGUGAACCAGAUCCAGGAAACCAUUUCUAAUAAUUGUGUGGUGAUUUUCUCAAAAACAUCUUGUUCUUACUGUACAAUGGCAAAAAAACUUUUCAAUGACAUGAAUGUCAACUAUAAAGUGGUGGAAUUGGAUAUGCUUGAAUAUGGAAGCCAGUUUCAGGAUGCUCUCUACAAAAUGACUGGAGAAAGAACUGUGCCAAGAAUAUUUGUCAAUGGAACUUUUAUUGGAGGUGCAACUGACACGCACAGGCUUCACCAAGAAGGGAAAUUGCUGCCCCUAGUUCAUCAAUGUUAUUUAAAGAAAAGAAAGAGGAAAGAAUUUGAGUGAUGUAGGUGCUGCUAGCUUUGCAAAGGAAAUGUCAGUAUUCAAAAUGAUAAUGCCUGAUAAUGACUUUUAAAUUUGGGAGAUGUUUUAAAUAAGUAAAUUAUCUUCAUGAAAAAAAAUGUUAUAGUAAGAACAAUAAAUUACUGUAGAACCCUCA